AUGUCGUCGCCGACCGCGCCUUGGUUUGCCGAUCUCUUCACAGAUGACAGGGUGAGGACCCUAUCGCACCAGGUCUCCACACUUGGGGACAGGGUGUGGGAACCGGAGCACAAAAUUACCCAGCUGGAGAAGCAAUUGGAGGAGACAAAGGCGAUCUCAAGCCACAAGGAAGAGGUGGAGAGAAGCUUCAAGGCUGAAAAUGAUAAGCUUCGGUCGGAGGUUUUGGUCGCAGAGGAAAAAUGUAGCAAGUCUGAAAAUGAUAAGCUUCAGUCGGAGGUUUUGGUCGCAGAGGAAAAAUGUAGCAAGUCUGAAGCAGAGGUUGAGAUGCUGAUGAAGGAAUUAGGCGCGCUGGCGGAGGCAAAAGAGGCAGCUGACUAUGAGUUUAAUUAUGAGAUAAUCAUCCUAGAAUUAGAGGAUCGCAAGAGGAGGCUGGAGGAAAUUCAGGCCAUCAAGGAUUUGGCAGAGAGUGAAAAUGACAAGCAUCAGUCGGAGGCUCUGAUCACAGAGGAAAAGCAAAACAUGUCUGAAGCAGAGAUUGAGAGGCUCAAGAUGGAACUGAGUGGGUUGGUGGAGGCAAAGGAGGUGGCUGCGAAGGCAUUUGAUGCAAAAAAUGCAGAAAUCACCAAGGAAUUAGAGGAUCUUAAGAGGAAGCUGAAGGAAAUCCAAACAAAUAAGGAUUUUUUGGAGGGAGAAAAUGAUAAGGUUCGGUCCGAGGUUUUCGUAGCGGAGGAGAAAUGUAGGCAGUCUGAAGCAGAGGUUAAGUGCCUUAAGCAAGUAGUGGGUGCAUUGGUGGAGGCAAAGGAGGCAGCGGCAAAGACAUCUGAAGCUGAGAAGGUAGAAGUCAUGAAGGAAAUGGACAACCUUAAGAGGAAAAUAGAGGAAAUCCAGGCCAACAAGGAUUCGGUGGAGAGUCAAAAUCAGGAGCUUCGAUCGAAGAUUUUGACUGCAGAGCAGGAGCAUAGUCCAUUUGAAGCAGAGGUUAAGAGCCUCAAGAUGGAAUUGGGUUCGAGAGGAGGCCAAGGAGGUGAAAGAAGAUGGACUUGGUCCACUUUGGCAGAGAGCGAGGAGAUAGCUGUGAAGUCUUUUGACACUGAGAAGGCAAAAUUGAUGAAGGAAGUAGAGAGCCUCAAGAGGAAGAUAGAGGAAAUCCACGCCAGCAAGGAAGCUGCUGAGGAAGCAGGGCGCAACAAAGAUGCCGAGGCUGAUAGACUGAUGGAUGAGCUGGUGAAGAUCCGCGUUUCUGUGUCACAGCUGCAAGCAUCCUUUAACGAGGGCCUGAAUAACUUGGCUCGUAGUCUAAUGGGCUGA